GCAGGUGUAUCCGGAUACACACCAUAUUCUGUGUCACGUACACCUAGUUCGGAAUGUGAUAAAGAGGAGGGUGCGAUCAGAAAUUGUACAACUGUUCUUUUGCCUCAUGUUCACUCGAACGGUUGAAAGUUUUAACAACGUACUUUCGUUAAUCGACAUGUCGGACGGAACGUUUGCUCGAUAUGUCAGAGACCACCUAUUACCGAGAAAACACAAAUGGUCUACAAUUUUGUUGAGACAAGUCAUCGAAUUUUGAAGAUGCAUCAACUGAGUCGAAAAACACCGGUGCUGAGAUCUAUUUUCAUUGUGCUACUCCGCACUGGAUAUUGGAUGGAAGCAAGAUUACAGAAAUAUACAUCAGAUUGCCGGAUAAAAGCCAACGUUGGUCAAGAGCCAGCAAUGCGUGGACUUCAGGAAGGACUGACACGAGCUGCAUGUCAAGUACUGAAGCGACGCCUGCGCACUCCUAUAACGGAGUUUGUAAUGUCUGUUGACUUAUUCACAGCUGUGGACGCAACGGGCAUUUACAAUGUACACCGCGAUUCCAUGCGCUGCCCCUGUUCAUUUUCCAUUGAUAACGGUUUGCCAUGUCGGCAUAUAUUGGCUUGCUGUACACACAGUAUUACUAAUGUGAACGUACAGUCAAUUUGUGAUAGUUUGUUACAGUCUGAUACUUAUCUGACUCAUAUUGCAGUUGAGAAUUAUUUCACAAUGCAAGUGAGCCAGCCGAACAUGAAGAAUACAGUGAUUGCGUUAGUCAUGCAAAUGUCUGAGGAACAAUGCUGUUCACUUUAUAGCCAUGUUUAUCAAGAACUUCACGGUAGACUACCACCAACGCCUUUGAACCUACAGGCAGAACCGCAGUUGUACACUGAAAUAAGAACCUCGACUAACGUUGCAACGCCGUCGAUGCACUGAGAAAAUGUUGAUUUGGGUGAAACGUUAAGUAACGACGAGGAUGAAGUAGUUUCUAUAACUCCGAAGAGCUAACAGAAUGGGACAUCUAAAAUGAAGAAGAUGAAGAGAACCGUUUGUGUGACAUCUGUAAUGUUGCACAGCCGCCGUGUGAAACCAUCAUCAUUGAAUUGAUUCAUGUAAUUAAAGGUCAUAUAGUAAGUGUAAAAAGAAAUAA